AUGAAGAGAAGCAUACUGCGACUAUACUCAACAGGGAGCGGAGGACCAGGGAGUCCGUUGUAUCCAAAAUCGAAGAUUCCGGUACCUCCACAUUUUGACCCAAUCAAGUAUAGACAAUGGAUACGAUUGAAUCCAAAUAGUAUUCCCGAAGAGAAGAAGGUUUCUAUAAUGUCAUAUAAUUUGCUAAGCCAGCACUACCUAUGGAGACUGGUGUUUGGAUACUUGAAACAAGAUUAUCUUGAUUGGAGUAAUUAUCGAUUCCCGUUAAUAAAUAAAACCAUUGAAUAUUUUCAAAGUGAUAUAAUAUGUUUCCAAGAGUUAGAGUGUUCAAUUUACGAAAAGCAGUGGAAGAACGGAUUCCCAUUAUCCCACUAUAAAUCAAUAUAUAUUAAGAAACUGAAUCCUUUAUAUUGGGGGAAUAAGCCAUCAAAUCAAAUGGAUGGAGUUGCAAUAUUUGUCAAUAGUGAUAAAUUUGAUAUUAUUGAUUACCAAACGGUUAACUUCAGUGAAUAUAUUCAAACCCAUCGGGAUAAAUUUUCGCUAACCAAUGAUUUACUCAAAAGAGUAGUCCCCAGAAAUACGGUUGCAAUUAUAGUACAACUUUAUGACAAGGUUAAUGAUAAGAACAUUUUUGUUACCAAUACUCAUUUGUAUUGGUCACCGAAAUUCAACGACGUUAAAUUAUUUCAAUCCAAAUUGUUAAUCAACUUAUUGAAAGAAUUCAUAACUAAUACAGCUAAAGAAUCAAAUCCCCAUAUUAUUAUGUGUGGAGAUUUUAACUCGAUUCCUGAAUCAAUGGUUUUCAGAUUUUUAAACAACGAGGUCAUCUCCUUAUCUAAAUAUAAAGAUUUUGAAAAAUUUAAUUACGGUCACAAAUUAAAUAACGAAAUUAUAAUUAAUGACGAAAUUAAAAAUCCCUUUGAUUUAUCUAGUGCUUAUGAUAUUCUAUUAAGCAACCACAACUACUCAAAGCAUAAAUUAAACUUCACCAGCUACACUAGAAACCUUACGGCCGUGUUAGAUCAUAUCUGGUACUCUAGUCAGACCUUUAACGUAGUCAAAAUUUUAAGUGAAGUAGAUGAAAAUUAUACUUGGAACUUCCAAGUAAAAGGCUUUCCUAACGAACAAUUCCCGAGUGACCACAUUCCUCUAAUAGCAGAAGUCGCCUACAACUCAUAGUUUCCUCUUUCAUAUAGAUUUUUAGAUAUUUAUAUAUAUUAAUGUUACUAUUACUGUG